CGAUUUUAAUUUUGUUAGAAGUAUUUUAUUAAAUUCAUGUUUUUGUUUUAUUUUAGAAAUAUUUGAUUUAAUGCUCAUAGUCAACGGAAGCCAAUUAGUUAUAAUGACUCAUUAAAAAAAUAAUAAUAAUGUUGUGUAAAUGUGAAACACGAUUUAAAUUAUACAAAUAAUAAUAAUUAGACUUCUGAGUUAACUUUGUGUGUGUGUUUUAUUGGUAGCUCUAUUGGUAGUAAUGUAAAAGUACUCAGUAAUCUAAUAUAUUACUUCUGUAAGAAAGUAAUCGGUAAAAUGUAACUGAUUUACUUUUUUGAGCCAGCAUACAAUAGUGUGUUACAUUUUCCAAGUAAUAUUAACAUCCCUGCUCACAGUGCUAUUGUUUUUCAAGUUCUGAGUCCUAAUAUCCAGUCAUUUCACUGAACGAUUUCCCUUAUUCCAGUCCAGUUUAAGAUGUAAUGCUCCUACAUAAUACCGUAGUCUCUUAGACAAAGUUGACCACCAGACAUAAUAUGAAUCAAUGAAUAUGUAUUACUUGUUAUGACACACGUGCAUCAACAUAUGAAAUGAACAGAAUACGUAAGAAAAAAAGCAAUAGGCAAAUGUAUGAUAGGAAACUAUAAUAAUAAAGUAACAGACAAACCAACGUUAAUAAACUAACUGUCAAACUAAAUUAACACAGCACCCCUACAGACAUUAAAAAAUGCAGCAGCAGCUCUAGAUUCAUUAUGAAUACCUGUACAGGAGUAAUAUUCAAGACAUGCCCAAAAUGAUUUAACAGUUUGUAGCGGUAGUGAUGAGGUGCACUUGUGGAAAUCAGAAUACAUUCUGGAAAGAUUGAAUAAACCAAUCAGUGUUCCUCAAGACACUCUUGCAAUGACAGGUCAGUUUUAAAAAGAUUGAAUAAAAGUUUGGUGAUGGUGAGUUAUCAGUUUACAAAACAGUAAUGUAUCAGUUGUGAACGAAUCACUAUCGGUGCCAAAAACAUGGGGAAAAUGGGGGAAAUCUGUUUCACCACAAGGGUGUUCUCUUAGGAGGUGUUCCUAUAAGCGGAGACUACUGUACAUCACUAAACAGUAGUAAAAUAUAAAUACAGUUACUGUGUUCUCAAAAACAAAUGUAUUUAUUCAGACAGUUGCCCUGGUCCUUCUCCUGCACACACAUGUCUACUACUUGUAGGGUGUGGUGACUUUAUUAUUAAUGAAUCAGACAAUUCUACUUUUAUAGUUAUUUGAAUUACACGGUUUAUUGAUUUAAUGAAAGAUUAUUCUUAAUGGAUGAUAUAGUCAAUACAUGGUUACAUUUGUUUACAUUCAUUGGUUAUUCAAGAUACAGAAACAUCACAAUUAUUGCAAACCAUUCUUCUAGUCGAAUAAUGGCAGGGACCUGACUUGCAGUCCAUAGUAUUUUAGCCAUUACAUUCAACUGGGAACAACCUUCCAGACGGGUUCGGAGAAGUUGCUUAGCCUAUUUCACCUGGGCAAGUCUACUUUCCUCUAAGCUUUUAUAGAGUUGCAUUUCAUUUGGCUCUGAACAUGUGCAGUAGAACCUAUACGCCUUCACACCUAUACAGCCGUUGCUUGAAAUGCAUAGCAGUCAAAACUCCAGCUGAGUAUAUGAUAGCCCUUUUCACCAAUGAAAUCAUAGACGACAUUGUUGGUCAUACAAAUUCGUAUGCCAAGCAGAUGGACAUAAAUACCAACAGCAACAAAAUAAGGAUUUGUAUUGGUAUUCUUCUGGGCAUUGGUAGUCUGUCAUUAAUUGAAAUCCACUGGGCUUUCCAAACUCAUUUGCCACAAGUUGCAGAUGUAAUGGCUAAUCCACUUCAACGACAAUACAUCACAGGCUGAAAACCCUGAUCGUUUCUAUACGUGGUUUGUUUUAUCACGUUUAGGGAGACAUAAUUGGCCAUUCCUGCCAUGCAUAAACAGUCAAUUGAUGAUGUAUCUGUAAAGGGUGCACAGGCUGGUAUCCUCAGGCAGUAUAUCCAUUUUUCUGUCAUGCCUGUUCCAAUGGAAAAAAAUCAUGACUUUGUUUUGCACCAAAGUAAGGGAACUUUUGAAGGCAGCAAUUUGACUGAUGGUAAAUUAAAGCUACUGAUCGUUGCAAAGGUGGUCAUCACAUUGUGCCAAACCAUUGCUGUCCCUGAACAGACUGUUGUGCACUGUGACACGUUCUUUACUUGUGUAUUGUUACCUACUUGCACUGUUCACAUACUGUAAGGGAAAACAGAAUGGUUUCCUGCCUCCUAAGCAAAUGGUUAAAAAACCUUGUGGCUAUUGGGAUGUCAAAUCAAGCAAAGGCAUCAUCGCUGUGAAAUGGCAUGACAAUAAUGUGCACCCUUCCUCAGGAAUGCUGCUGAGGGAACCCUGUGUCCGCUGUUAUGCGCUACAACAAAGAGGAGAAGAAAAAAAGUCCCAGCUGUACUUGCUAUGUGCAGUGCAAAUAUGGGUGAAGUAAAUCUUGAAAAUAGCAGGAUAGCGUCAGAAAGGAGACUCUGGGAAAGCUGCAGUUUAAGCGCGAAUGCACACUUUUAAUAGACAAACAAAACACAGGAACAAACAAACAGGCACGGUGGCCAAAAUAAAAGGCUUACACAAAACAACACUGAACACACACCACUGUUGUCAGGCUAAACAUUCGCUUUCACUGACCAGUACAGCAGUUACACAGUGUAAACUCACCACCUCAAACACCUUCACCAAACAAAGCUUUUCUCCUUGCUUUUACACCUGUGGCCACUCCCCAGAUAGCAUCAGUUACCAAAUUGGGAAAUGUCCACACCUGUGAUCGCUGGCAGGGACAGAAUUAACCCCACCCCUGCCAACCUUACAGUCCCACACACACACACAAUUAACAGCCACAGGGUUUCUGACAUGCCACAAUACUUAAAAUAAUACAAUCAAAUCAAUGUGUUCCUAAUAAAGGGGUAUUAACCCAACAAUUAGCAACACUAAAGUCUGCCUAUCUUUGAGACCAGAGCUUCCAAAAAAUCAUUUUGUUAAUGUUAACAUGAACUGUUAUUUUCUGGGCUUGAAGAGGCUGGGGGAAAUGACGUGAUGAAUGUGGAGCCACGUGUAAAGAAACGCAAAACAUGGAGAGAAGAAAAUAGGUAUUUUCAGCAGAAGUGGGAAAUGAAGUUUCUGAUGUUUUUGAAAAUAGGUACUUCCAGUUCUGAGCAGGUAGCAGUAUGUGCUGUGUGUAAAAAGGAGAUCCAUCAAAUAAAAACAUAUGCGAUGCACCGUCAUUAUAGCACUCACGCCAAUGUAGUAGCAGAAAAGUAUAAAAAUGACUUUCAGAGACACAUGCUGUUAAACAGAGCAAAAAACGAGCUGGACAAAAAGACAAAGAGACAAAUGCAGAAUGUGCUGAACGAAGAAGAUCAGAUCAAUUUAACUUGUUUCAAAGUUGCUUUAUGUUUGGCACAAAGCAUGAAACCUUUAAGUGAUGGAGAAGUGGUUAAAAAUAUUGUUCUUGCGGUGCAAUCAUACAAUCCCUUUUUCAGCAUUGCACCACUGAGCAGUGACACAAUCCAGGAGAGGAUAAGAGACAUGGCUAAUUUUAUUCAAGAUGAAACAGUCGAAAAAAUAGCCCUCAGCCCUUUUUAUAGUCUCUCUUUGGACGAGAGCAGGGAUGUCACUGGGAAAAUACAGGUCAUAGUUGGCAUUCGCUAUUUUGACUGUGACAGCGAAAGCUUUUGCGAGAGAGUUCUGUGUUUGGCAACUCUUCCUGAGCAUGCCAACAGAGAGAACAUUUUUCAGACUGUCAGAGAUCGAAUAGAAGAAUGCCACAUUGGUGUUUCGAGUAUGUGUGGCCUGACGGCAAACGGGACCGCUGUUUUGCAGAAUGGAAGCGCAAGUCUGCUGGAUUAUUUUCAGCAGAGCUGUGCACAAAAGCUGUUCCUUUUCAGCUGUUUUAGCCACCAAGUUCUGGUCAACAGGGCCUCCAUGAAAACCAUGAAUGAUAUUGAAUCCGUGGUGAAAAAGGUGAUCUAUGUCAUUAACACUGGCUGUGUUGAUAAAUGGAGAUUCUCAGCUCUCUGGGAAUCGCAAGAUGAGUCGCAGAAUGUGCUUCUAAAUUACAAUGCUGUCCACUGGAUCAGUUUUAAUGACAAUGUGCAGAGACUAUUUGAGAUUUGGGAAGACCUCAUUCAAGUGCUGACUGCUGUUUCUCCUGAACUUGCCCAACAAUUACAAGACCCAUUUGUGCAUGGCUGUCUGCUCUUUUUGAAAGAGUUUCUCCCUAAGGUCUCUGCCUUCAACCUGAAGCUUCAGAAAAGCGAGCUUACCAUCAUUGACAGCAUGGAGCUGAUUAAUACAUUCAAAAUGAUGAUUACACACACUGCACUGAACCUGAGUGACUUUACUGUGUAUAAUGAGCUUGGACUGUUUCUUAAGGGGCAGGAUGCUAAACUGCGGAAAAGGGUCUGCUUGACUGUAUUAGAGUACCUGAAAAUCCUUUCUGAGGACCUUAAAGAACGUUUCGGUGAGACAGACUUUUUUAGUCAGUAUGGUUCCUUUGUGACUGAUCCAUUUAGUUCCAAAAUCUCGACAUUUCUCUUGCUUGAAAGACUUGUAAGUGCUUUACAAGACAGACUGUCUUCCUUUGAAGCCUUGAAUUUUGCCGGCCUCAAGUAUCUUAUGCAGAAACUACAGAAGGAUAAAAAAAUGAAAGCGCAUUUCAGUCAGCAGGCUGUUACAGUUGAGAAGUUUUGGAGUAGCAUGUACCAAGUUUCAGAGUACAAGCACCUGGGUAAAUUUGCUUUACUUUUCCUAACCCUGUUCCCUACAACAGUCCUGUGUGAGAGGGCAUUCAGUGCUCUUCACUUCUUCAGAUGUCAGGACCGAGACCGUCUGACUGAAUCGAACCUGCAAGCCUUGCUUUUAGUUUCACAAGAAACCCGUCAACCUGAAGACUUUCCGUUCUAUGAUCUGCAAAACUUUUGCAAGCAUCGACAGUUACCUGUAUGACGAGUACAAUUCCAAAGAGUUGUUGUAAUUUGACGUUUUUAAAGUUUUAAAGUCUUUAGGAUUAAAUGAAAUACAUUAAGUGUGUGGGUUUUUCUGCAAGCGCUAUACUGAAUGUUUAUUUGUGGAGGGAAUCCUGACCAUAUCAAGGGGUCACCAAACAGCCCUUUACAGAACAUCUCUGAAAUCACGGUCAUGUCUGCACAAUUAGAAUAUAGGAGAGAGAAAAGCUUUAUUAAAAAGAGCCAACUUUGUGACAAAGCUGAUAUUUCCACAGCUGUUCAGGUUGUUGGAAUGCUAUCAUUGUUGUGUUUCUGUUGAAUACAAGACUGUCAGGAUUUUUUUUUUUUACGUUACAGAAGCAGAACAUAAAUGUAAAUAAAGGAGGAUUUUCCUGAAACACUGUCUACUUGUAGGGAUUUAUAUUAAGUAGCAGGGCAUUUUAUCAAACCAAAAAGUAGGGUUAUCAUUGAGUAAAUCACAAAAACAUACACAAUACUAUAAUCCUAUAAAGAAGUAAAAUCUACAAAAAGAAAAUCUGAACUCUAAGAAGGUAACUGAAAUACCAGAUUAAAUAAGGCACAUUCUAUACAGGCAAUACAGAAAGUGAAUGUACAAAGCUGGUUAAA